AUGAACCGGACAGCUGGCGCACUCGCUCGCACGGCAACAGCCGGCGCACGCACCCGCCAACGACCACCCGCACCGCUCGCCUCGUUCGCACCGCCCUCGUCGACCCGGCCCGCGUCAACAGCAGCACGGGCGGCAGCAGGGGAGGAUGCAGACGCGGCAGAGCGGGUGCACGCACUGCGGGAACGGCUCCCAGAGCGCAUCCAGUACGGCCGCGUCGCCCGGUCCCGCCUCGAGGACCACUACACCCACUCGCUCUCGCACGACCUCAUGUACCUCCUCUACUCGCACAAGCGCCACACCGAACACCGCCCGAACCCGCUCGAACGACAGCUCGUGUGGGACCCCGAGAACCCGUACACCCGCGGGCGCGACAAGCUCCCCCCGACCCGAGGCGGCCGCGCCCUCGCCCCGAACCCGUCCUACACCUCGCCCGACUCGGUCCCGCGCCUCGAGUCGAUCGUCGUCGAGUGCAUGACCAAGCACGCCCUCCAGGCCAAGAGCACCCUCCUCCCCCUCAUCAUGGCCUUCCAGGCCAUCACCGGCGAACCCCUCCAGUCGGCCCACCCCGGCCCCUACGGCCCCGGCUCGGGCAAGGGCAUCGUCGUCACGCGCACCACCAAAAAGUCGGCCUCGUUCAAGGUCCGCGCAGGCAUGCCCUCGGGCGUCAAGGUCGAGCUCCGCGGCGACGAGAUGUACCAGUUCCUCGAGACCCUCACCGACUUUGUCCUCCCGCGCCUCAAGACGUUUGCCGGCAUCCCUCUCCCCGCCGCCUCGACCCCGCGGCAAAACAUCUCGCUCAACUCGGGCGUCGUCGCGUUCGGACUCACCCCGGACGCCAUGGGCCUCUUCCCCCAGAUCGAAGUGAACCUCGACCAGUACCCGCGCCUCUUCGGCAUGAACAUCUUCUGCAGGACGACCGCGCGCGGGCGAGGCGCGCAGGACCAGGCGCGGGCGCUCUUGUCGGGAAUGGGUCUGCCGUUUGUCAAGCGGUAG